AUGAUUACUCGACUUCAAAUAUUUUUUCUUACAAUAUCAUUAUAUUGUAUAUUUUUAUAUUCUACUUAUACAACAAAAUUAAUAACUGUCGAGAUUAAUAAACCAACAUAUUCAACUUAUCAAACUUUAUCAUUAAAUUAUUCUCAAUCACUUCAAUGUUUUUGUUCUGAUAUAUCGAUACCAUAUAAAUCAUUUCUUACGAUUAAACCACGUUUUCAUGAUUUAUGUUCAAGUCAAUUUGUUUCUCAAAAUUGGAUUAAUUAUCUUUAUGGUGAAGGUAAUCUUGUUUAUCGAUAUUCUUUUACCGAUUUUCGAGCAUCAGCUGUUGGUCAAUUUCAAUUACUUGCUUCACUCUGUGAAAUUUCUCAAGAAACAAUCAAUACAAGUCUUGUACAAUUACUUAAAAGUGAUUAUAAUGAUCGUCAAUUAUUAUCGGAACAACGUCUGAAUCAGUUAAUUCAAAUACAGAUCAAUCAAUUUCAAUUAGUUACACCAAAUUCAUUAUUAAAUAUUCUCAAUUUAAUUCGUGAAACUAUAGGCGCUAAUAUGAUUGUUAGUGUAUGGUCUGUUAACUGGUUAAUCGCUACUGAAUCUAUUAUUCAUCGUACAUGGACUGCACAUACAAUACCAAUAGUUUAUAGCAAAUGUAAUUGUGGAUCAUCAUGGACAUGUACACAAUCAUCACAAGGUAUGAUGGUUGGUUGUUAUCCACUUGAAUCUCUUCUUCAAACAACACUUCAAUGUUUUUAUAAUCAAAGCUGCAUUGAUUCGACAAACAAAUUUACGCAACUGAAUAUUUCGUCUCUUAAGACAAGUCAAUACCGAAUGAAUACAACUAUUCAAACAAUUUUAAAUAAUCUAAUGAUUGAAGAAUAUAUAAUUAAUAAAUCUUAUGAAAAUUAUUUUAAUCAAUGUGCACCAUCUUCAUGUUCAUAUAAUUAUAUGAAAAAAUAUCAAGUUACUGAAGGAAUUAUAAACAUCAUUAGUCUCUAUAGUGGAUUAGUAAUUCUUACCGGUUGUUUAUCUGUGGUACUAAUUAAAUUAUGUUCAUAUAGAUCAAAUAGAAUUACAAUAGAAAUUACAGAACAAAAUACGUAG